AUACAAUGUAAUAUGGCUCCGCAAUGUUGGGGAUUUUUGCUAGUGGUGUUAGUUUUACUUUUUUAUGCAACAGAAGGAGAUCAUACCAACGGAAAUCUUAUUGCUGCCCGAGUUGAAAGCUGUAGAGGGUGUCGAUUGAAUCGUCUCCCAGAAGUGAAGAAAUUUAUUUUUGAAGAUGUUCCUCUGUUUGAAAAUGUAGAAUUCAAGCAUAUUCAAGGUGCCUCCCCAGAGCUUGUAUUGCUAGAUAUGCAUGAUAAGGAACUGGAACGCAUUGAUCUGGCUCCAUUAUCUCGCCAGGACUGCAAUGACCUCCUCACUAAAAGGGGGUUCCAUAGAAAGAAGCCAGACAGUGAAGCGCAGCCUAACUUACAGCAUGAAGACUUUUGAUAGGCACUGUCAGUUUCUAGGAGUAUUUUCUAUAUAGUUGGAUUCUUGUACUAACAUGAGUUUCACUUUUUAUUCAUCACAUUCCUUAUUGUUCAAUGCACUUCUUUUGUUGUAGCAUGCACAAAAGACUGCCUCUUUCAUUCACCAGUCAGCUUAGCAGUGAUCCCUUCAGCAAUGUCUUAAAAUGAAAUUUGUGUUUCCCUACAUAUAAAAUACAUUAUUAUUGCAUCCACAGAGUCAUGACAAUUCCAUAUGGUGCUGGAAACUUCAGAGAAACAUAAGAAUUGUAUGCAAAACUUGUCACACAGUCCAGAAAAACAGUGAUAAAUAAUUAACACUGUACAGCACUGAGCCUGAAUUUUGUCCAGGAUAUUCUGAGUAAGGAUAGUGGGUGAAUCAUGAGACAGUUUCAAGAAUACCAGUUAUGAUUACCUUCCUCUUUUCAGUUCCUCGAGAAAAUAGAUGUCCAGGUAACUCAGCAUUUUAACAUUUAUAAUGUUAAAUUGCAGCAUCCUGUUGCACUGUGUAAGGUUGUAACAUUUCAUUCUCAUACUAGUUAAUGUAUUAGCAGUACCACUACUGCUAUAAUAGACACAAAAUGAAAAACAUUUGAUAUUCUCUCUGUGUUAUUUGAACAUGGGUGCAUCAUACCUUCUAUAGGCAACCCUAUGAAGGAAAAAUCUUGUGUAUUCAAAGAGAUCUCCCACUUCUAGGGACCAUUGUUUAUAAGUUGCACAAUAUAAUACCAAUUUUCACAAAAUCUGUAAUAUACUUAUAUCUGUGAGUACUGUAAGUAAUAUUGUAUGUACUCCCUUAGAGUGAAUAAUCUCCCAUAAAAGCACAUCUGUAAUAAGUUAACAUGGAUGGAAGAAAUGUGUGUUAUUUUUAUUUGUCUCUCUGAAAUAUAACACACCUUUUUCUCCUGUUUUUGUUGCAGCAGAGCAUUUGUCUGCUAUGGCUUCAUAGCAUGUGAAGCUUUUGUCUUAAGAAGAAUGCUGUGUGGCUUUAAUGGUGUUCAAAAAGUAGUUCCUAAUUUGAAGUAAAUUGAUGUACAUUAUUCUCUUUUAAGAGGCAUUGUAACCUUUUUCUAGCAUUAAGAAUAAAAUUUAAGUUUCAAUAUUUAUGCUAUAGUAUAUAUGCUACAAACACCAGAAUGAGGAAAGUUCUCAAAAAACUGUCAGCCAUCUUGGUGUGUAUGUAUUCAUAGUUGGUGUGGAUUCUUUGCUUGAAAAUUAGACGGAGAAUAAAGAGACCCAUGUCUUCCCCUUUGUCCAGUAGGUCUUAGUUUCUGAAGUAUAGGCUUUAGAUGUUUUCUGCUUAGUAUGGCUGCUGUAUAUUUACCAUGGCAGAUACUGCAUCUUCAUAGCCAAGGAGAUAAGGUUGCAUGAUUCAUAAUAUAGAGGUCCAGGCCUUACUCCGAUAUGGUUCUGAUGUUUUGUUUUGCAUCAGUAAAUAUUUAAAACUUACACAUAUCACAUAACUUGAAUUUGUACUUUAACUUUAGCAGUUGGUAAAUAAAUGCCAGUAAUGAUGGAAUAAAAAAUCUCAUUCCCAGGAGGUCAGUAAGGAAUAACAUGUCAUCUGGAGAGGUUAAAAAAAAAGUGGAGCACUUGCAAUAUUGAUAUCAUGAAAAAGAACUUUUUAACAUCAUUCAUAGGCUUGCAGAAGUUGAUAGUUAAUUCCAAAUAAUACUGAACCUUUGGGGGCACACAGUAGCGUAGUUGGUUGAGGGGCUAUGCUACAAGCCAGAAGGUUGCGGGUUCAAGUCCUGA